AUGUAUCCGCCACCUGCAGGUAACAUAGAACCGAACAAGAUGACAAAAAACGGCAGCUGCAGCACUAACAGAGACUGGCACCUCAGCUACUGGACCCCGCUGCCUGAAACAGUUGUUGAAGGCAUCAUCUUGAGCACAUCAGUGUGUCUCAGCACACUACUGCUGGUCAUCGUCUGCUGUUCAAGCAAACUCCGCUCUAGUACGCAUAUCUUCAUCUCCUCACUGGCAGUCAAUGACAUUCUCAUCUCCAUCUACGGCUUCGCUUAUCUGACAAUAGAUGUCCUGGUGGAUUUCGUGUGUUUCUCCCCUACUGCACUGGAUCACAUGGAACGAGGGGUCAACAUUUGUUUCUCUGUCAACACUUUUGCCAGCUACCUAAAUAUUCUCUUCGUGUCUGGAGAGCGUUGGCUGUUUAUUUCUCGUCCGUUUCUACAUCAACGGCUAAUCUCCCCUCGCUCUACUUGUAUCGGAGUGGCUUUAGCGUGGCUGAGUUCCGUGCUAGUUAAUGUGGAAGCAUUCAUGGUCAAUCUCAAACAUUAUAUAACAAUAUCGGACAUUAAGUCUGAUGUGGUGUUUCCUUGCGUUCAUACUGUGGUGACAGUCCUUCUCUUCUCCAUCUACGUGCACUUAACGGUAAUCACGAGAAGGCAAAUGGCUGCAAUCAAUAAAACAAGUUAUUUCCGACCUAGAAGAAAUAGUGUCGACACCAGAAACGUUGAACUGGCGGACACAAACAUGAAACUUCUGAGGGAAAACCUCAGGAGCAUUCGACUUUUGGUGACUGUGUUUGGCGGGUUUGUGGUUCUGCUAAGUCCGGGAAUCUAUUACCAUUUUUAUGUGAGGUUUUUCCAGGACAAGCAAAAAUUUGCGAAUGUCCAUCAGGGGUUAAAACUGUUGACCUACUUUCACGCUUGUGUCAACUUUGUCGUGUUUGCCAGUUUGGAUAAGAGCUUUAGAAGAGUUCUGGUGACUUGGUUGAGACGAGCAAUAUGUCGACAUGUCAGAGAUAUGGGUGAGGUUCAAGACACUGUCUCGGUGUGUCGGAGAUGUCGGGGCGGUGGUAGAGUGAGCGUCGGGGACAGAAUUUCAACAGUAUCACAAAUCACAAUAACGUGA